AUGCUAGAAACACCAUUCGGGCAGCUUCCGGUGCUCGAUGUCGACGGCACACAAAUAGCCCAAUCAUUGGCGAUUUGCCGCUACUUGGCUAGAAAAUUCGGAUUAGCCGGCAAAUCUGCAGAAGAUGAAGCUGUUGUUGAUUCGUUAGCCGACCAAUACACUGAUUAUCGCGCUGAAAUCAAAACAUGGUUUUUUCCUGCUGUUGGACUCAAAGAAGGAAAUGUGGAGCAACUCAAGAAAGACGUCCUUAUGCCGGCACGCCAAAAAUACUUGGAUAUCAUUACUAAAUUCCUGAAACAGAACAAGUCUGGUUUCCUGGUUGGAGAUUCAAUAACAUGGGUAGAUCUGCUUGUAGCUGAUCAUAGUUCCAUGAUGCUUCAUCUUGUUCCAGAGUUUCUUGAAGGAUAUCCUGAGGUGAAAUCUCACAUGGAGAAAAUUCACGCAAUUCCAAAUGUCAAGAAAUGGAUUGAAACGCGACCAAAAUCUGAUCUCUAA